CGCCCGCCUUUCCGCGGAAGGCCGGACGGCUGAGGGUGGCAGCACCGGCUGGAAGCGGGAGGCCUGGCCGGGCUGAGCGACCUGAAUGGAGCCGGGGCCGGUGCUGGUCCCAGCGGCCGCACCUCCGGGGACACGGCGCGUAACGGACAGGCCAACACCUGGGACAGAGAGAGGACCCCUCUGACUCCUUUCUUCCAGGACAUCCUGUAGGGAGUAUGAGCCUGAUGUGGGCAGAAUCCAGAUGAGCUGGCCAGUGCUGUGAAGGAGCUGCGAGCGCCCCCGAGAGCCGUGAGAUGGCGCCAAAAACCAAGAAGGGAUGGAAAGUGACACUACCUGAGAAGCCUGUUAAACUAGCUUCACAUACCAGAGACACUACAGGUGUAUCUCAGAUGUUCCCUUCUUCAAAGGCUAGAACAAAAGUCAUCCAGUGCCCUUGGAUGCAUGUAGGGGCUAUGCCUCCCCUUUGCAGGUCCCUCCUGGGUGAUGAUGUCUUCAGCACCAUCGCAGGCCUGGAAGAAGCUGAUGCUGAGGUUUCAGGUAUCUCAGAGGCAGACCCACAGGCUCUGCUCCAGGCCAUGAAGGACCUGGACGGCAUGGAUGCUGAUAUCUUAGGUCUGAAGCAGUCUAAUCCAGCCCCUAGCAAAAAAGCUGCAAAGGACCCUGGGAAAGGAGAGCUGCCCAGCCACCCCAAGCCUGCAGGGGGCGCCAUAUCCACCAAGAAGUCACCUCCGUCUCCCAGCAGCUCUGGGCAUCAGAACAGGAGGUUUUCCUCUGAAGACUUGGAAGACCCGUUGGCAGGACUUCUCUCCUAUGAUGAAGAAGGAAUCACCAAGAAGCCGCCUGUGACAGAGAGUAAAACAGCUUCUGACAAGAGCCCCAGCACAGUCAGAGAUCAAGGUCCCUCUAUUCCGCUAACUCCUGGAGACACCCCCAUCCGAAAAAGAGAAUUGUUUGACGAUGGGGAUGACAUCAUGGCCACCUUGGGGUUUGGAGACAGCCCCAAAGCAGAGAAGAGGCAGAUGGGAGACCAGGAAGGGCCUCGCCCUGCUCGCUCCACGCUGGAUGAGCUGCUGGGUCGAGGCACGGCCACCAAACUCCUGGCCCGCCCGGGCACAGGGGAGCACAGGGAGUUCAAGCUAGACAAGAAGUACCAGAGGCCACAGGAGAGUGAAGAUGCGUGGGGAGACGAGGACUUCACCUUUGGAGCCUAUCAGCCCACCGUGGGCUCCUCUGAGGGCCGGCAGUCCCGCAGGCAGUCUGUUAGUAGGUUCUUAGCAGACAGUGGCCCAGACCCCAAGGGAGAACCAGGCUCCAAACAGAGCCCUCCAGCUGCUUCCAGCCCCAUCCAGCCCAGGAAGGGAGGAGCUGACUGGCUGGGCCUCAAGGACGAGGACUUGGACCUGCUCCCUGCCUCACCCACCAGAGAGGCCCGUCGGGAAAGCUCGGUGCCUGCCACGCCCUCAGUGCCUCCUCCUGCGAGCCAGCACUCCACACCAGCUGGGCUGCCCCCCUCCAGGGCAAAGCCACCAACCGAAGGGGCAGGGUCCCCUGCCAAAGCCAGCCAGGCUUCCAAGCUGCGAGCCUCCAAGGAGGAGGAAGAGGAGGACUGGCUGAGCCAUGCCCUGUCUCAGAAGAAGUCCCAAGGCCUGGCCAGAGAGCAACGUGCUGGGGCCUCUGAGGGCCUGAGUUUGGCGGGGACAGCGGGCCAUCCCCCUUCUGGCAGCCAACCUGUCACCAGCACACAAGGACUUGAGCAAGCAGCUACUGGAGGGAGCUCCGGAACAACCGCACAACAAAGACCGUGUGUCAGGCCUGGUGACUCAGGGUCCCCUGUGACUUGGAACCAUGCCGCCUCAGCACUCCCUACAGGUUCCCCAAAGAGGCGACCAGCCCCUGGAGACCUCUCGUCCACUGAGCCUGCCACCUGUUUCCCGAGCACCCAGGAACCCACAAAGCCUUCCAUGCCCAUCCAGCCCCUGCUCCCAGAGUCCCUAGCCCGGAGCCUGCUGCCAGGUACAGAAUACCAGAAGCAGCUCCUGGCAGCACAGGGGCAGCUUCAGAGUGGCACCACUGAACUCCAGGCCGAACUGCUACAGAGCCAGGCCCGGCUGGCAGAGCUGGAGACCCAGGUGCGGAAGCUGGAGCUGGAACGGGCCCAGCAUGAGCUGCUGCUAGGGAGUCUACAGCAGCAGCACCAGGCAGACUUGGAGCUCAUCGAGAGUGCACACAGAAGCCGCAUCAAGAUGCUAGAAACAUCGUACCAGCAACGGGAGGAGCGGCUCCGGAGAGAGAAUGAGGAGCUGUCAGCUCGGUAUCUGUCGCACUGCCAGGAGGCUGAACAGGCCCGUGCUGAGCUCACGGCCCAGCACCAGCGGCGCUUGGCGGCCACAGCGCAGGAGAAGGACCAGGAAAUGCAGCGGCUCCAGGAGCUGCAGCGGGCGUCCAUCCUAGAGAUGCGCAGAGACCAUGAGGAGCAGCUGCAGCGGCUAAAGCUGCUGAAGGACCGAGAGGUCGAUGCGGCCACCAGUGCCACCUCUCACACGCGGUCCCUGAAUAGCAUCAUCCAUCAGAUGGAGAAGUUCUCCAGCAGCCUGCACGAGCUGUCCUCCCGUGUGGAGGCCUCGCACCUCACCACCUCCCAGGAGCGGGAGCUGGGGAUCCGGCAGCGUGACGAGCAGCUGCGGGCACUGCAGGAGCGGCUGGGCCAGCAGCAGCGGGACAUGGAGGAGGAGCGGAGCCGGCAACAGGAAAUCAUCGGGAAGAUGGAGGCACGGCUGAAUGAGCAGAGCCGGCUGCUGGAGCAGGAACGCUGGCGGGUGACUGCCGAGCAGUCCAAGGCGGAGUCCAUGCAGCGCGCCCUAGAGGAGCAAAGGAAGGUCACGGCCCAGCAGAUGGCCAUGGAAAGGGCGGAGCUGGAGCGGGCCAAGAGCACCUUGCUGGAGGAGCAGAAGUCUGUCAUGCUCAAGUGCGGGGAGGAGCGGCGGCGCCUGGCGGCCGAGUGGGCGGAGUUCUCCGCACAGCAAAAGCUGAGUAAGGAGCGGGCCGAGCGCGAGGCCGAGCGGGCGCUGCAGGUGGACACCCAGCGGGAGGGCACCCUCAUCAGCCUGGCCAAGGAGCAAGCUGAGCUGAAGAUCAGGGCCAGCGAGCUCCGGGCUGAGGAGAAGCAGCUGGCGGCAGAAAGAGCAGCCCUGGAGCAGGAGCGGCAGGAGCUGCGGCUGGAGAAGGAGAGGACCAACGCCACCGCCCUACGUGUCAAGCUCCGCGCGGAGGAGGUGGAGAGCAUGAGCAAGGUGGCCUCCGAGAAGUAUGAGGAGGGCGAGCGAGCAUUGCGUGAGGCCCGGCAGGUGCAGGCAGAGCAGCAGGCCCGGUUGCAGGCGGUGCAGCAACAGCAGGAGAGGCUGCGGAAGCAGGAGCAGCACAUGCACCAGGAGCAUCUGAGUCUGGCCCAGCAGAGGCUGCAACUGGACCGCGCACGACAGGACCUGCCCUCCAGCCUCGUGGGUCUGUUCCCCAGGGCCCAGGGCCCUGCAGCCUCCAGCCAGAGAGCCCUCUUGCCUACUGCUCCCAGCACCCGCUGGUGCAGCCAGCCACCGACUGGCCUGGACCGCAGCCCCUCACACCUUCAUGCCAGGCUGGUGCUGCUGAGGCACACGGCAGAGCAGGACCGCGACUUCUUGGAGAAUGAACAGUUCUUUCUGGAGACCCUGAAGAAAGGGUCCUACAAUUUGACAUCUCAUUCAGCCUGAGUGGGAUCCCAGCCGAUUCCCCAACAGAGGGUUCAGACCCCAGAACUCUCCUGUUCCUCCUGCUGCCUCCAUGGAGGCAGUGCCUGGGGAGGAUUCUGAGAUGCUUGAGGCCUGAUGGCAGCUCUUCCGUGGACAGGGUGCAAGUGCAUCCUUUCCAAGUGUGCCAGCCCGGGGCAGCCCCUGCCUCUGGGGCUCUGUGGUGUAGGCUGUCUUACUACGGCUUUGGCUGCCCUGCCCCAAAGCCAUCUGGCUUGGAUCUGAAGGUCUGAGCUGGCAGCGAGGACCCCCAGCUCUCACUGGGCUCUGUGGGCUCCCCCUGUUCCACAGGUAGACUGUUGUGGGCUCUUUUUGCCUGGGCCUCUUCUGAGGCAGGAGCUUUCUUGAGGGAUGCCACAAACAGCCUUCCCUACUCCCUGCCAGACCAGUUCCCUCCCUGAUGAGCUGGAGAAGGGCCCUCUGGCCUCCUGCCGGUACAGGGAAGGCACCAGCUAGAUCCUCCCUUGUGGUGUGAGAUGUUCCUGGAACUCAGCCGGGCCCUCCUCCUCCUGGGCUUGCCCAGAGCCCCCACCCUAUUCCCAGCAUUGCCCGAAGGACCAACCAGUUUGGGUGGACAGUGGCCUCCUCAGCUUCCUCCCCAUCUGGGUGCCACCCUGGCGGCAGAGGGAGCUGUGGCGAUGGUGGGCCGUGGGGAGGGACGAGGACGGAAGGCGCCUCUGUGCUGCUCAUCUGCCCAAAGCCACAGCUCAGGGGGCGUGCAGUGGAGGUGACAAGGAAUCCAUCACAACUAGCAGAGAUUUCUUUGGUCCUCCUCCACUCCCACUGCUUCACUUGACUAAGCUUAAAACAACUGCUUUUGCCAUGGCUCAUCAGAGUUUAUACUUAUUUCUUAGAAAAUGUUUCCUGUUACUUGCCAGACAAGUCCCAAAGAACAGGCAGAUGUUCCUAUUAAAAAAGUCAGUCUAUAAGAUUAGUCAGGACCAGGCACCUCUGGCCACGUGCCUCUCCCCUCCAGCACCUACAGUCUCCAGUGGCACCUGGCAGCUGGACCACAGCCAGGAGAAGGGUACUAUUAGCCCUGCUUCAAACAUGCAGAAACUGAGGCCCGGGCAGAUUAAAUAACCUGCCUGAGGUGACA